GAGAGAGAGUGGGGGGAGAUAAUUGUAGAGCCAGAGAGAGAGAGAGGAAGGGAUGAGAGAGAGCAUGGGAGACAGAAUGGUAGCAGAAGACCCUGAUGCAUCAAGAACGUGAACGUCAGAAAGAGAGACGGAGAGUGAAAGUGCGCGUAAAGCUGGAGUGAAGCUGAGCCACGGGCUGCAGUCGGACUGAAGACUUGAUUCACUGGGAAACAGGAGACGAUACAGAGAGACCAGAAGAGAAGACGCGUAGACUCAAACUCCCACUGAGAAAGCAGCAGCUGUAGGAGGGAGCGACAGCAACAGUCUCUCAACUCCACGCGCUCUUGGAAUCAGGCAGACCUCCGCUGCUAACUUUGUCUCGGUGUCAGCAGCUUCUCACAGACGGUGGGCUCACAUGGAGCUGACUUCCUUCCCACGUUACUUCCCUUCAACGAUGACAAUCCCUUGGGUGAUUCUUUUCUCUUGGAUGACUGGACUUGGUUCCAGUGCAGUAUUCACCCAGCAGCCCACAGACCUGGUGGUGGUGUCGGGUCAGCCGGUGACCUUGCCCUGCUCCAUCCCUGGGUACCAUGGCAUGGUGCUAUGGCUCAGAGACGGCAUGGCCCUGGGGGUCAAUAGGGACCUCUCAGGCUACCCACGCUAUGACAUAGUGGGGGACCACAGCAAGGGUGAAUACCACCUCUUGAUUCAGAGAACCGAAAUGCAAGAUGAUGCCUCCUUUGAGUGCCAGGCCAUCCAGGCAGCCAUCAGAACACGACCCGCUCGGCUGACUGUGCUUGUUCCCCCAGAUGACCCUGUGAUUGUGGGGGCCCCCGUGGUAAGCCUUAGGGCUGGCGACCCCCUUAACCUGACAUGCCAUGCCGACAACGCCAAGCCUGCCGCCUCCAUCAUCUGGAUCCGCAACGGGCAGGUCCUGAACGGUGCCAUUUACUCUAAGACAUUGUUGCGGGAUGGGAGAAGGGAGAGCACAGUCAGCACACUCUACCUCUCUGCCUCCAACAUCGAGACAGGACAACGCAUCACCUGUCGGGCCUCCAAUAAAGCAGUGCCAAAUGGGAAAGAUGCCACCGUCACCAUUGAUAUCCAACACCUGCCCCUGGUCAACCUAUCUGUGGAGCCCCAGCACAUAUUGGAGGGUAACCUGGUGAAGUUCCACUGCUCUGCCAAGGCUAACCCACCUGUCAUCCACUACAGGUGGGCCAAAGGGGGCAACAUCAUUCGAGAGGUGUCAGGUGACACCUAUGAAGCCAUCGUGGACCAUUCGUUCUUUACAGAGCCCGUCUCUUGCGAUGUCACCAAUGCCCUGGGUAACACCAACAUCAGCAGGAAUGUGGACGUUUACUUUGGGCCCAGAAUGGCAGCUGAGCCACAGUCCCUACAAGUGGACCAGGGAUCAGAUGCCAUCUUCAACUGUGCUUGGACUGGAAACCCCUCCCUCACCAUUGUGUGGAUGAAACGAGGCUCUGGAGUGGUAGGCAUUGUGCUUAGCAAUGAGAAAAUUCUGACUCUCAAGGCCGUAAGGCAGGAGGAUGCUGGGAAGUAUGUGUGCCGGGCCGUGGUCCCUCAAGUCGGAGUUGGAGAGAAGGAAGUGUCCCUCACUGUGAAUGGUCCUCCCACUAUCUCCAGCACCCAGACCCAGCAGGCCCUCUACGGGGAGAAGGGGCAGAUCAAGUGUUUCAUCCGAAGCACUCCUCCGCCUGACCGCAUUGCCUGGUCGUGGAAGGAGACAGUGUUGGAGUCCGGGACGUCAGGCCGAUACACAGUGGAGACAGUGAGCACUGAGGAGGGGGUCAUCUCCACCCUUACCAUGAGUAAUAUAGUCCCUGCUGAUUUCCAGACCAUCUACAACUGCACUGCCUGGAACAGCUUUGGCUCUGACACAGAGAUCAUUCGACUGAAGGAACAAGAGUCCCUCCGACUGGCGGUCAUCAUAGGAGUGGCUGUGGGGGCUUUCCUUGCCCUCAUUGUCCUUAUGGGCACAUUGGGUGCCUUCUGCUGUGCCCGAUUCCAGAGGAAGGACGUUCACCUCGUCAUGUCCUCCCUGCCCGUCUCCAUUUCCUCCCGCCAGAGAGACCUGGCAGGCAAAAUGAAAACAGAGAAUCUCAAAGGAGUGGUUUCGGCAAAAAACGACAUCCGGGUGGAGAUUGUUCACAAGGAUCACAAUGCGGCCCGGGAAACGGAGGAGCACACAGCCAUCAAGCAGAUGAUGAUUGAACAUGGGGAGUUCCAGGCCCAGGAAUCUGUGCUAAAGCAGCUGGAGGUCCUCCAAGAGGAAGAGAAGGAGUUCCAGCACAUCAAGGAUCCAACAAAUGGGUAUUACAGCGUCAAUACCUUCAAGGAGCCCCACGGCACCCCGACUAUGGCCGCCAACCAGACCGGCGGUGCUGAGGUCCGGAACCCCGCAGCCACUUCCUCCGCCACCAUGGGCAAGCAACGCGUGCCCACGGGCAUGUCCUUCACCAACAUCUACAACACCCUAGGCGCCGGGCCCAACCGCCUGUAUGACUACAGCCAGCGCUUCGUGCUGGGCAUGGGCAGCAGCUCCAUCGAGCUGUGCGAGCGUGAGUUCCAGCGGGGCUCACUCAGUGACUCCAGCUCCUUCAUCGACACGCAGUGCGACAGCAGCGUGAGCAGCUACAGCAAGCAGGAAGGCUACGUGCAGUUCGACAAGGACAGCAAGGCCUCGGCUGCCUCCUCCUCGUCCCACUACUCCCAGUCCUCCUCUCAGAACUCAGACCUGACGCGGCCCCUGCAGAAACGCAUGCAGACACACGUGUAACGGCAGAAGGAGCUUUGGGUGGAUCAGAAAGGCGAAGUCGUGGAUCACAUCUUUGAACACUGAGGAACACUGCCUGAAUGGUGUACAGUAUUAUAUAUGUUGGGCUUUUUGCUGUGAUCUGCCCAAGGGAAUAAUGCAGUGGCCACCUUGUAUUAUGCACUAUGUACUGCGGUGUCGACAGGUGACACUACAGUGAGACUGAGACUGCCCUAAUACAGACGCUGUACGUACCAAACGUCUUACGGAAACACAGGACAUGUUGUUUGGGAUUACAUGAGACACAUUAAAUUCCCCUUCAAAUAAGCCUCAUCAAACAAGGACAUCAUGACCUUCAGAGGAACAAUUAUAGGGAGAAAAAAAGAUGACAAUCAUAAGUCCACUUUGUCAAUUAACAAUUAUCUGCUGUUGUCCCCUACCCUAUUAUUAUUUUAAACUACUGAACUGUGUGAAAACUGCACACCUGUAGGCAUUAUUCACAAAUCUGUGUGGAUGAAUUCCAGAAUUGUACAAACAUUUUUUUACCAUGGAGAAAACAAACUCCUGGGCCUAUGUUCAGCUGCCCAGUUUGAGUUUGAAGCACAAAAGGGUAUUGUUAAAAACUGCCCUAGGCAUUUCUUGUAUCUAUGAAGACAAUCCUUGGAUAGAUAAUGAAACCUCUGUGGGAAAACGGAGGGAGCAGCAGGCUGUGUAAUAAAAAGGAACAUCUUGGCAACUGACCAAAGGACUGACCUGCAGGACUAAUAUCUCUACACCUGGACAACUUUAAUACUUAAUGAAUUAUGGAUUUUGUCCCUUUUGGUUAUCUAGGUAUAUUCUAUAUUUUACUCCUUUAUUUUGGACUUAUGGAUAUUUUUUGCCUUUUGAUGUAUGCCUUGUGAAACUUCAUUGCUGAGUCACAGAUCACAGAUAAAUGCAUGGAGAAGUGGAUGUGUCAUACUGUUGUACAAGCUACUUCACUUGAGCUGACUUUUCAAAGGCUUUCCUCACUCACAAAUUGUUGGUUCAUGGAAUCAUUUUGUUUCUCUUGAAAGGACAGCGUCAUAUUUACAUUUCAGUGAACGGGUCAAGGACCUUAACAUCUGUACUUUCCCAUUCAAUGUGACACACUUGCAGCUUGAUCGUGUGUGUGAGCAGAUAGCUGUGGAGCCAAAUACAAUGACAGUGCUGCCGGAGCUGUUCUAAUUUUCAUGGAUUGCCAUACUUAGCUGAUAUCGUGUUGUUUACACUGGAGCUCUGUAAAUCCAGCAUUUUUGUGUACUGUGAUUUGACCACUGAAUGAAAGGGAUGAAGAUAAAGUUCAUUUUUUCUGUC